CUCGGUGAGCAGCCUUGCCAGCUAUGGACAUACGGAAGAGUGUCAUGAGGAGUCCGCCUCAGCCCCCGUCCCCAGAACCUGGUUCGGCAGCAUCAGCCAGUGAGCCGCGGCCAGAGGGUUUUUCAGACUUCUGGCAGCUCUUAGUUUCUAAGGAGGAGGUUCACUCUGUGAAGCAGGAGUGGCGCCCCAUUUUUGGCCAGGAGGAGCCAGAUCUCCCACACAUUAAAGUGGAACAGGAGGAACUCUCGAUCAGCCAAGAGGGAGAGCAGCUUCAAAAACAGGAGGAGGCUGAUAUCAAGUUUCCGAUUACUCCUAUCCCUGUAAAGAGUGAAAGUGAUGAAGAGAAACCUCACUCCUCACAGCUUCAUCAAAGCCAAACUGAUCAGGAAAAACAGGUGGAGCCUUCAGACAGCAUAUCAACUAAACAGAUGAAAACAGAACCUGAUGGAGAGGACUUUGGACUGUCAGAACCAACCAGUAACCUAGAUCAGGAUGGUGAUUUAGAACCAGCAAGUGAUGACUUCCAGCAGCUCUUAGUUUCUAGAGAGGUGGUUCACUCUGUGAAGCAGGAGUGGAGCCCCAGUCUGGGCCAGGAGGAUCCAGAACUACCACACAUUAAAGUGGAACAGGAGAAGCUCUUGAUCAGCCACAAGGGAGAGCAGCUUCAAAAACAGGAGGAGGCUGAUAUCAAGUUUCCAAUUACUCCUGUCCCUGUAAAGAAUGAAACUGAUAAAGAGAAACCUCACUCCUCACAGCUUCAUCAAAGCCAAACUGAGCAGGACAAACAGGUAGAGCCUUCAGACAGCACGUCAACUGAACAGAUGAAAACAGAACCUGAUGGAAAGGACUUUGGACUGUCAAGACCAGCCAGUACCCUAGAUCAGGAUGGUGAUUUAGAUUCAACUAGUGAUGACUUCCAGCAGCUCUUAGUUUCUAAAGAGGUGGUUCACUCUGUGAAGCAGGAGUGGAGCCCCAGUCUGAGCCAGGAGGAGCCAGAUCUCCCACAUAUUAAAGUGGAACAGGAGAAACUCUUGAUCAGCCAAGAGGGAGAGCAGCUUCAAAAACAGGAGGAGACUGAUAUCAGGUUUCCAUUCCCUCCUGUCCCUGUAAAGAGUGGAAGUGAUGAAGAGAAACCUCACUCCUCACAGCUUCAUCAAAGCCAAACUGAGGAGGACAAACAGGUAGAGCCUUCAGACAGCAAUUCAACUCAAGAGAUGAAAACAGAACCUGAUGGAGAGGACUUUGGACUGAAGCUGAAGGGAACCAGUGUCUACGUGAAUGAGCGAUUGACCAAGAAAAAUGCGAACAUUGCCAGUAAGGCGCGCGUGCUAAGGAAGCGGAAAAUAAAUUCAAUCGACGUGGACGACCAACUGCAAAGUUUUCAGCAAGCUUAA